AAGACACAGGCAGACAGGACGGCACACACUCAGUGCCCCCAUGGAGGGCAGCUUCACGGGGGGCGAGGAGCACCAGAAGAACCUCCUCCCCAGGGACUACCUGGCCACCUACUACAGCUUCGACAGGGGCCCCUCCCUCGAGGCUGAGAUGCUCAGGUUUAAUCUGGAGUGUCUCCACAAGACCUUUGGACCGGGGGGCCUCCAAGGGGACACUCUGAUCGACAUCGACGGGCCUACCAUCUGCCAAGUGCUUGCCGCCUGUGAGUCCUUCAGAGACAUCACUCUCUCCCACUUCACUGACCGCAACUGGGAGGAGCUGGAAAUGUGGUUGAAAAAGGAGCCAGGGGCCUACGACUGGACCCCGGUGCUGAGACUCGCCUGUGACCUGGAAGGGAACAGUGGCCGGUGGCAGGAGAAAGAGGAGAAGGUGCAGGCUGUGGUAAAACGGGUGCUCAAGUGCGAUGCCAACCUGGGCAACCUGCUGGCCCCUGUGGUGCUGCCCCCCGCCGACUGCGUGCUCACCCUGCUGGCCAUGGAGUGUGCCUGCUGUAGCCUGGACGCCUACCGCGCCGCGCUCUGCAACCUCGCCUCGCUGCUCAAGCCGGGCGGCCACCUGGUGACCACGGUCACGCUGCGGCUCACGUCCUACAUGGUGGGGAAGCGUGAGUUCUCCUGUGUGGCCCUGGAGAAGGAGCAGGUGGAGCAGGCUGUCCUGGACGCUGGCUUUGACAUCGAGCAGUUCCUGCACAGUCCCACGUGCUACUCAUCCACCAAUGCUGCCAACGCAGGGGUCUGCUUCAUCGUGGCCCGUAAGAGGCCUGGGCCCUGAGCCAAGAGGGCCAGCCAGAGAUCGGGCCAGGCUCAGAGGCCUCAGCCCAUCUACACUCUAGAGAGGGGUUAGGAAUAGGUAGUGUCUAACAGCCCCUGCUUUCAACACUAAUAUUCCAUCUUCUGAAAUUCUGAGAUUCUAACAUCCUUGUUUUAGAAUCCUAAUUUUCCAACAUACCUAGUUCUAGGAUCACACAAGUGGAAUAUUCCAUUUUCUAAUAUACUAAGCCUGACAGCUACCCUCAGAGGCUACCUGACUCCCAUGCAACGGUAGAGUACUCAGGGACAUAGUUUCAGAGUCUUUACCCAUUAUAUUUAAGACAAAGAAGCCUCUAGACAGUGGAGUAUUGGUAAAUGUUUCACAAUCAGCUCU